AAAUAAAAGUGAAAACAGAAAAAGGACAAGUUCCUCUGUCGACUUUCAAGAAGAGUUCAAACAUCGAAUCAAAGACUGUCACAAGUUCGCUCAAUCAAUCACCCAUCGGAAACCAAAACCCAACUGAUCAAAGAAUUUAGAAAAUUUAAACAGGGAAGAGAAAUAAGGAAAUCAGAGCGAUUGAAAAUGGUUAAUAUUCCAUUGCUGCUGAUGGGCUGCGGCGAGGUGGGCCGCCAGCUUCUCCACCACAUCGUCUCCUGCCGGCCCCUCCAUUCCAAACAGGGGGUGAUGCUGAGAGUGGUGGGAGUGUGCGACAGUAAAUCUAUGGUUGCCGCACCGGAUGUUUUGACCUCCCAUUUGGAUGAUGAGUUCUUGCUGAAACUUUGCAAAGUCAAGUCCAGUGGGUCUUCGUUGCAGGAACUCGCUAAUUUUGGUGGAUGCCAAGUGUUUUCUGGUCAAGAAAUUGCGCGGAAAGUCAUGGAAUUUGCUGCUACUUUGCGAAAAUUGAGUGGAUUGACACUUGUUGACUGCUCAGCCAGCUCUCAAACCGUUGAGUUGCUGAGUCAGGCGGUAAAUUUAGAUUGCUGUGUGGUGCUGGCCAACAAGAAGCCUCUUACUUCUUCAUUGAAUGAUUAUGACAAGUUGGUUUCACAGCCUCGGCGGAUUAGACAUGAAUCAACUGUCGGUGCUGGUCUUCCUGUCAUAUCAAGUAUAAAUCGUAUACUUUCAUCAGGAGAUCCGAUCUUCCGCAUUAUUGGAAGUUUGAGUGGUACGCUAGGCUAUGUGAUGAGUGAGGUUGAAGGUGGACGACCCUUUAGCGAAGUUGUCAAUACUGCGAAAAGGCUUGGAUACACGGAACCUGAUCCUCGAGAUGAUCUCAGUGGGAUGGAUGUAGCUAGAAAGGCUCUCAUCCUUGCUCGACUCCUAGGACGUCGCAUCAACUUGGACAGCAUUAAGGUUGAAAGCUUGUAUCCUGUGGAAAUGGGACCUGAUGUAAUGUCCGUGGAUGAAUUUUUGUCAAAUGGCCUGCCUUUGCUUGAUAAGGAUAUUCAAAACCGGAUUGAUAAUGCUUCUUCAAAGGGAAAGGUUCUCCGCUAUGUUUGUUUGAUUGAGGAGUCCAGGUGCGAAGUUGGCAUACAAGAAGUUGCAAAAGACUCGGCUCUGGGUAGAUUGAAGGGAAGCGAUAAUGUGCUCGAGAUAUAUAGCCGCUGCUAUAGUAAACAACCACUGGUUAUUCAAGGUGCUGGGGCAGGCAAUGAUACUACAGCUGCUGGUGUCCUUGCCGACAUCCUCGAUAUACAGGACCUUUUCCGACACUGAACUCUCUGGCUUGGUUAGUCAAACUCAAAGGGCAAGAUUAUUAGAUGAGGAUCCAACGGAGCAAGUCCAUGUGGUCGGACUGCAUAAUCAGAUGGAUUAAUGUGGACAACGUCAAAUUAUCUCGGAUGCAUCUGCUUAGAGAGGGAGUUAAGACAGUAUCCUUUUUCUUUUGUCCUUGUGAAACUACAACUUCUAUGUUUAGGUUCUAGUUUCAUAGUACCAUAGUGCCUUGGCAUAGACGUAGUAUUUUAAAACUUGCUUGAUUCCAUCCAUCACUUACCUUUAUUACAUCAUACUAUUCAUAUCCAUCAUCAAUUCUUAUAUCAGAAUAUGAUAAUAUUAUAAAAUGAAAUACUACUAUCA